UGUUUCCGCUUUUUCAUGCUAACGGGGAGCUUCCGUCAAUACUUGUUCUCUUUCCUGGUUCUGGGAGCCCCGGGAGUCAGGGAGGGAAAGGCCGCCUGCAGGGAUCGGGGCAAAUACCCAGGGUGGGGAGGCGGGACUUCCGCGUCCCGCCGGAAGUGACGCGACAGUCGCGGCCGCCGGCAGGUGGACCGGCAGGUGGGUUCAGGUGCCAGCCUGGCCCAGACCGGCUGUGGGACCGACGCUUCCGGUGAGCGACAGAGGCAGCUCCCAAGGGCCUGGAGACCCGUGGGUGCGGGCUCUGGAAUCUGAGCUCCUCGCCCUAGCCUGGAUCCCCGACUGUACCUAUUCCCCAUACCCCUGCCGAGCUGGGCAGUUAGCCAGCCCACCGAAACUCUCGGAACCAUGUUUGCAGACUUGGAUUAUGACAUCGAAGAAGAUAAACUUGGAAUCCCUACUGUGCCUGGGAAGGUGACCCUGCAGAAGGAUGCCCAGAACCUGAUUGGGAUCAGCAUUGGAGGAGGAGCCCAGUACUGUCCCUGCCUGUACAUUGUCCAGGUGUUUGACAACACCCCAGCAGCGCUGGACGGCACCGUAGCAGCCGGCGAUGAGAUCACCGGUGUCAAUGGCAGAUCAAUCAAAGGAAAAACUAAGGUGGAGGUGGCCAAGAUGAUUCAGGAGGUGAAGGGGGAGGUGACGAUCCACUACAACAAGCUGCAGGCGGACCCCAAGCAGGGCAUGUCCCUGGACAUUGUGUUGAAGAAGGUGAAGCACCGGCUGGUAGAGAACAUGAGUUCGGGGACCGCAGAUGCUCUGGGCCUGAGCCGGGCCAUCCUGUGCAAUGAUGGGCUUGUCAAGAGGCUUGAGGAGCUGGAGCGGACCGCCGAGCUGUAUAAAGGGAUGACAGAACACACCAAGAAUCUCCUACGGGCCUUUUAUGAGCUGUCUCAGACGCACCGGGCCUUUGGGGACGUGUUCUCCGUGAUCGGGGUGCGGGAGCCCCAGCCAGCUGCGAGUGAGGCUUUCGUGAAGUUUGCCGACGCCCACCGCAGCAUUGAGAAGUUUGGCAUUCGGCUGCUGAAAACCAUCAAGCCGAUGCUGACAGACCUGAACACGUACCUCAACAAAGCCAUCCCAGACACUCGCCUCACCAUCAAGAAGUACCUGGACGUGAAGUUUGAGUACCUGUCGUACUGCCUGAAGGUGAAGGAGAUGGACGACGAGGAAUACAGCUGCAUUGCCCUAGGGGAGCCCCUGUACCGCGUGAGCACAGGCAACUACGAGUACCGCCUGAUACUGCGCUGCCGCCAGGAGGCCCGCGCCCGCUUCUCCCAGAUGCGCAAGGAUGUGCUGGAGAAGAUGGAGCUGCUGGAUCAGAAGCACGUCCAGGACAUCGUGUUCCAGCUGCAGCGCUUCGUGUCCACCAUGUCCAAGUACUACAACGACUGCUACGCGGUGCUGCGUGAUGCCGACGUCUUCCCCAUCGAGGUGGACCUGGCCCACACCACGCUGGCCUACGGCCUCGGCCAGGACGAGUUCACCGACGGCGAGGACGAGGAGGAAGAUGACGAUGAGGACACGGCAGCCAGGGAGGCGUCCAAGGAUGCGCGAGGGGCUGCUGGGCCCCUGGACAAGGGCGGAAGCUGGUGUGACUCCUGAGUGCCCCCUCGGGGUGCAGCUCUGGGGGGUAGGGUGAGUGGGAGGACGGCAGCAUGGGAGCGGGGGUGGGGCCGCUGCACAACAGGGUGGCGCAUAAAGGCCUGCUGGCUUGGGGCGCCUGCCUCCCUGCUCCUCUGUCCUAGCACAGCGAACCCGGGCUCCCGCCCAGGAAAGGCACUGGGGCCAUGGCCUGGGACCUGGACACUGGCCCCCUCCACCUCCCCUUCCCACCUCCCCAGCCAGUUGGAGAGCUUGGUCUUUGGACCUGCCUUAGGAAGGAGAGAGGGCAGAAAGAAAGAGGGGUUGGAAGUGGCAGGAAGUCCAGGGCCCAUUCCUCAUGGGCACCUCCGCUGGCCCCCGGAGCCUGCCGGGAGUGGGGGGCCGCAGGUGGACAGCCGAGGUUGGGGCCAAUGUUUCAUGUACACCCUCACCUCACCCUAGGCUGGCCCCAGCCCAGCCCACACUCACCUCGGCGGCCUUUAUUUAUUUUAUUCUCCAGCUCAGCACUUCCCUGGGGAAGGGCUGGGCGCUGGGCCUGUAUUGAAUAAACACAAACCCAUAUGGA